AUGCACCACAAGAUCCCAGAGGGAUGUUUGAGGCAAGUGACAUAUACCCAAAAGGAACCGUUAUCUCAGGAGAGAUUAUGUGACUAUCAUGAGUUAGAAGAAAACUCUAAACUUAGAUCAGAACUCAUUUUUUUACAGAGUGUUUCCACGAGUAAACAUUGCCAUAAAUCUUAUUCAGACGUGAACAUUUGGGGACACAAUUCAAUUGCAAACAAUUAUGAGAAAGACUCUCUAAGUGAGAAGCACUGUGAAAGUCAUUAAUAUGAUCAAGCUCUGUGGAUCAUAAAAAAUCUAAAACAGCAAGAAGAGAAUGAAUACACAUGCGACAAACCUGGUCUGCACUUCAAACACAGUAACAUGCUUUCUACACACAACAGUUUUCACAUGAUAGGAAACUCUCAUGAACACAUCAAAAAGAAGAAAACAUUUUGUCAUCAUUUGCCCCUUAAGUAACAAGAACAGAUUCAUACUGGUGAGAAACAAUAUGAACAUGAUCAAUGUGGAAAAGCCUUUAAAAGGAAAUCCAAUUUAUUUUGCACAAAAAAAAGUCACAUGGGUGAGAAAAAAUAUGAAUGUAGAGAAUGUGGGAAGGUAUUCAACAACUUCUCCACCUUAAGGAGACAUGUAAGAAGUCACACUGGAGAGAGACCUUAUAAGAACAAUCAAUGUGGAAAAGCUUUCAGUCAAAAACCAUCUCUUAAGGCUCAUGUGAGAACUCACGAGUGUCCUAGAGAGAGACCCUAUGAGUGUGACCUGUGUGGAAAAUCCUUUGGCAGCUCUUACCUCAUAGAACACAAGAGAAUGCAUGCCAGGGAGACACUCUAUGGGUGCAGUGACUGUGGGAAAGUCUUCAACCCCAGCUCUCACAAAAUUCACAAGAAGAUACACACUUGAGUGGACUUUUUUGAUGCAGUGACUGGGAAAGCCAGGGGCCUCUCAUCCCUCAGGAUGCAUAACAGGACUCACCCCAGGGAGAAGGCCUACCAAAGGAAGGAGUGUGGGGGUCUUACCAGUUCCUCUUCCCUGAGGAGACACGUAGGAAUUCACACUGGGGAGAAACCCUACAAAUGUAUCCAAUAUGGGAAAGCUUAGAGCCCUUCACUUACUAUACACAAGAGACUUCAUGAUGAGACAGAAACCCUGUAUGUGUUGUGUCUGUCGUCAUCUUUUUCAUUGUCUAAUGGUGCACUUCAAACUCAUUAUUUGGUCUUUCUUCUCUAAAAUUAGCAUUUAAGGUUAAAUAUGGGGCCCUGAAGACACUCCUUUGACUUUAUAAUACAUUUUGUCCCAUGUUAAUAUAUUUGAAUAUUGUCUGUUUGUCAUGAUAUUUUUGAUCCUUGGCUAUUUACAAUUCCAUAUUUUUCACGUGAAGUGUUUCAGUUGCCUUUUUGAGUUCUGAGUUGCUGCACUGGUUCACAGUAUCUGGAACACGUAAAGCUACUUUAUUGGUGUUUUCUUGAGAGUUGCCAUCAGGCCCAAUAAGGCAAAUAUUGCUUCUGGCCUAACUGCUCAUCCUUCCUAACUAAUGUAGCCAAGGGUGACAACAUCCUUCUUUYCUGACCAAUCAGAAAUAGACUAGUAUCACUGGACCCGACUACUUUGUUCUUUUUGCAAAACUUUGCCUUUCUGCCUUCUUUCUUCUGCCUUCAAAGGUACCAUUUUUGGAGCUGAGAGAGACAUCUAUCUUGUGCCCAGGAGAAUGACAACUGUUGCCUAAAGAUAAUGUAGAAGAGCUCCUGCUUCCUCAAAACAGCUUUGAAUAGCUGUGCUAGUCCUCCUCCCUGCUUAUUACCAGGACUCUCUUUUUUGGGCAGUGCUUGGGAUGAAACCCAGGGCCUAGGCAAGUGCUCUAUCACUGAACUACAUCCCCAGACCAGGACAUCUUUAUAUGUGAGAAAAAUUAAAUAUACUGCUUUUUUUAAAACAGUAUGUGAGUGCAAUCAAUACAAUGUGAGUGUAUGUAUUUGCAAAGGAAUCCAAAAAGGAAGAUGGAAGAGGAGUGUGGGCUGAUUUUUGUGCUUAGGCAGGAGAUAAAGAUAGAACUGAAGUCACUUGGAAGCAAGACAUCAGAGAAGCAAGGGAAUUCCAAGAUUUCAGCACCAGAAAUCUAGGAAGUUCUCAGAGGGCAGAUUACCAAUGUUAAAUACAAAGUGAAGCUCGAGGUUGGAUUAUUACCACACAACCAGCAUUUACUUCACUCACUCUGAAUAUACUGUUGCUCUAUCCMCUUAUCUUUCUGCAUUCAGAGUACCUUCCUGUCUCAGUGCUAAAGCUUAGUUUAUUCUCCUUUUGUAGACUUGUAAAAACUUGACUGAAACACAGCAAUACAGGGAGAAGUUUAUAGCAUCUAUAAAUUUUCCCAAAUGGUACAUACCUACUUAACCUGCCCCUACAUGAACAAAGAGCCCAAUCAACACCUCUCCCACUUCCCUGGUGCUGCAAGGGUACCUCACUUCCC